CAACAUAACUCCUACAGACAUCGUUGAAUAGUAAUUGGAUUUGGGAAGAAUAUCUUAUAUAUUUUCUUUUAGUGAGGUAACACAGGAGUAUUCUAUUUCCUUUCAAUUCAGGUUUGACUAUGUACCAACAACAGUACGGGUAUGGGAAUAACCAGGGUUAUCCUCAGCAAACAGGCUAUGCUGGGAAUAACUGGUCUACUCAGCCACAACCUCCUCCUCAGCAGCAGCAGCAGCAGCAGCAGCAGCAGCAGCAGCAGCAGCAGCAGUCAACACCAUCUCAAGGGCCACAAUACAAUCAUUUGCAAACUCAACCUACAGGUUAUGGCUUCGGAACUCAGAUAAACUCUCAACAGUCUCUUCCACCAUUGCCUGUUCAAUCACAAUUUAGUGCCCAGCAGACUGGUAAUUGGAAUCAGCUGCCAGUCCAGCAGCAACAACAAACACAACAAACGCAGCAGCAGCAGCAGCAACAGCCUCCUACGAGCUUUCAACCUCAACAGACUGGAAUGAUGCCGCAAAGAACCGGUUUCCAACCUUCUUUCCAAUCGCAACCAACUGAUGGUCAAGGCUUGAUGGCUCAAAGAACUAGUUAUUUGCAGCCGCAGCAGCAACAACAACAACAACCCAAUCAGCAGUUGAUGUCUCAAGCAACUGGCUGGAAUCAACAAGCGCCACCACUGACCAGUUUCCAGGCUCAACCAACCGGCGGGUUAUUAGAUCAGAGAACGGGUUACCAACAGCAAAACCAGCAACCACCAUUAACCAGCUUUUUGGCACAGCCUACGGGAACUCUGCUGAAUCAAAGAACUGGCUACCAGCAACCGUUAAUGUCGCAAACGACUGGCUGGAAUCAACAGCAGCAACAACCGGCAACCACUUUUGGUUCAAUGCCCUUGCAACCACAGGCUACGGGCUGGAAUACCAAUCCUUUGCAGCCUCAGCUUACAUCAGGUCAACCGUUGACUGCUCAGCCAACUGGUUUUAUUUCUUCAUUGACUAGCAUGGGCUCUCAAAAUAAUGAUUUGGUCUUACCAAACAUCAGACUUUCAUUCAUUACGGCAAGAGACCAAGAGAGAUUUGAAACUAUCUUCAGGAAUAAUGUUCCCAAGGGUGAGAACGCAAUGGACGGCAAUACUGCCAGAUCGAUAUUGAUGAAAUCUCAGCUAUCUGCUGUUCAACUGUCUCAAAUCUGGGAGUUGGCAGAUACCAACAAAUCGGGUUCUUUAAUGUUCCCAGAGUUUUGUGUUGCUUUACAUUUGGCAAACAUGUCAAAAAGAGGUCAAUCUGUUCCAUUUGAAUUACCUACCAAAAUCAAAAAUGAAGUCACCGGAUUUGUCGAUGCUAUUAAUUUUAACAUUGGAAUCAAAAAUGAUAGAUCGACCAACAACCCUAUAGCCCCACAGGCGACGGGUUACUCAUCUGCACCUUUGAAUGCUCAAAGAACCGGAUUGACACCUUUGACCGCCCAACAAACCGCUGGUCUGGUUCCCAUUCAACCAAGUGGUAUGUUGACAUCUCAACCUACCGGCUUUUUUUCUCAAAAGACUGGUGGCUUGAUGCCCCAACCAACUGGCACUGCUCCUCCAAUGACAAGUUUUAUGGCCCAGCAAACUGGUGGUUUAAUGCCUCAGACGACGGGUUUUCAACCACAGACGACUGGUUUUCAACCACAAACGACUGGUUUUCAACCACAGACGACUGGUUUUCAACCACAGACGACUGGCUUUCAACCACAGACGACUGGCUUUCAACCGCAAGCUACAGGUAUUAUGCCUCAACAAACCGGCCUUAUGCCUCAACGGACCGGUCUGUUUCCUCAGCAAACGGGUAUGUUAUCUCAGCAAACCGGUUUACAACCAAUGCCAACAGGCAAACCUGGUCAAUGGGGGUUUGUUUCAACCCCUACUGGCGGACUUCCAGGUUUAGACAUGAUGCAGUCCCAUUUUAUGCCUAAUGCGCAAUCCCAGUCAACUUUAUUACAAAACAGGAUGGGAGGCUCCUCUGCUUCAAACGUUACAUGGGCUAUAACUAAGCAGGAAAAGCUUAUUUAUGAUAAUAUUUUUAAACAAUGGGACAAAGAAAGAAAUGGUUUUGUCACUGGUGACGUUGCAAUUGGAGUUUUUACCAAAUCUGGUUUGAGUUUCGGUGAUUUGGAGAGAAUUUGGACUCUUUGUGAUCAAGGAAAUAAGGGAAAAUUGAACAGAGAUGAAUUUGCAGUUGCGAUGCAUUUGAUUUAUAGAAGAUUGAAUGGUUUUGAUAUUCCUAGCUAUUUACCACCAGAGCUUGUCCCUCCAUCUUCAAAAGUUCUUGAGAAUACAGUUGAUAGUAUUAAAGAUCAGUUAAAAAAGCAAGCGUCCAACGGUGGUGUUGGAAGUUCUAUGAAUGUUAAACCAGGUGUAAAUAGAUCUGGAACAACAUACAAAAACGAUGAUGAUUCUAUCAAUUAUGUCUCGAACUCAAGACACAGGAGAAGAUCAAAGGAGGAUGAAAAAUCCAGUGCUUUUUCCACAAAACUUUCAAUCAAUGAUUUGAAGAAACAGAUCCAUGAGAAAAAAAUUUUGCUGUCUGCACUUGAUGCUCAGGAUAAUGAUUUAUCUGUUGAUCAUGAAGAGCAGAAAACAUUGAACGAAAUUGAAUUACUUAAAACCAAAAUUAAAAGCCUACAAUCGGAGCUAAACUCUUCCAAUACCGGAAAUGUUGAUUCUAUUGAGGAGAAGGAACAAUUAAACGCCAAAUUAAACAAAUUUGCAGACAAAGUUCCCCAGCUGAUGGAUGCAAUUGGCCAGAUGGACGAUAAGCUCAAGGCAGCAAAAAUCGAAAUUUUCAGAUUGAAGUUACAGAAGGAAAAUCCUUCAGGUGUCGAAUUUAGAGGCACUGGCGCCAAUGGUGAAAUAACGGAAGCAGACAAAAGAAUCGCCAGACAGAAGGCAUUGUUGCAAGCUAAGAUGGCCAAGUUGACAGGCAAACCUGCACCUAACUUUGAUGCUUUUGAAGAUAACGAGGCUCAGUUAAAUGAAGAAAUUGUAAAAAUUAGCAAGGAUUUUGAUGAGCAAAAGGGUAUGGUGAAGGAUAUUUCAGCCUCGAUCAAGUCUUUAAUUUCUGAUGUUUCUGAUUCACUUAAUUUGACUAACUCCAUGUCUGUUGGACAUGUUAAAUGGGAAAAGAAAGAGGGUAUUCAAAGCCCAGAAGUCUCAGAGUUUAUUGAUUAUUUGAAUUCCACGAAGCCGGCUCACAAAACAUCAAUUUCGGCCCCAUCAUCGUUGUCGAAUCCUUAUCUAUCGAGUACAAGUGGUGGAGCUAAACAAUCCAAUUCGGUUUUGCCAAGUUCUCAAGAUACUAAAGUCGUUGCCGCCACUACUUCUGCUGAAAACUCGAAGCCAUCUUCAGGUUUAUCGGCUGCGGAAGAAAGGGCAAAAAGGAUUAAGGAAAAGGCCGAAAAAAGAAUGAACGAAAGGUUGGCGAAGAUGGGUAUUAAAAGAGAGAAGCCUACCCCAAAGAAUGGAAAUAUCGCAUCUGAGCAACAAGCACCAUCUCAGUCUCCAUCUCAGUCUCCAGCUCCAACACCAGCUCAAACUCAAGCUCAGCCACCAGUUGCUCGAAACGAAGUCCCACCUGCUCAACCUGCUCAAAAAGCGCCAGCUAAAUCUUCAGCACCACCGGCACCACCGGCACCACCGGCACCUCGUUCCACUGGGCCAACUCCACAAAGAGCGGCUAAGCCAUCUUCAUUUGAGAGCGACAGCAGUAGUGAGGAUGAGGAUGAUGACGAAUACAAGGCCUUACUGGAGCAGAAGAGAGAGAUGGAAAGACGUGAAAAGGCCAGAAAGGAGCGGAAGAAGCGUGAGAAGGAAGAGAGAUUGGCCAAACUGAAGGCAGAGAUGGCCGCCAUGAAAAAGGAAGAAGAACAAGAUUCGGAUGACAGCUGGGACGAACCUGCGAAGCAGACGGUUCCUGCACCUAAGGCAGUUGCAGUUGGAAACGUCCAGCCUCCUGUUUCUAACAACUCUAAAGAGGCAUCCAACCAUAGCAAUAAUCCAUUUGCAUCGAUGAUGGGUGCUCAGAGUACGGAUUUGAAGCCUGCUGCUUCACCAGUUGAGCAGAAGCAAGAGGCUAUUCAAGCACCAAGCUACAAUCCUUUUUCAAAGCUGCAGAAGAACAACUCUAACUCGACCAGCGAGGUUGCGUCGGUUGACCACGACAAGCUGAAGGCCCAACGAGCCUCUCAGAUGGGAACAGGGAAUGACGACGGCUGGUCUGACUCAGGCGACGAGGCUUCUGACGACGAGAUGCCAACAGCAACCAAGCAGGCGGAACUUGCAUCAAUGCUCUUUGGAGGGAAUUCUCAGCCGUCGAGAACAACUUCGUACGUCCCACCAGCACCAGCACCAACGCCAGCUGUGGAUGGCAUGUUUGAGAACACGGAAACAACCGAAGUGGAUCAACCAGCUUCGCAAGAACCUGUGGCUCCCGCCUUCCCACCGCCUCCCCACUCACCUGCUGCUGACGAACCGUCCCAGCCAGCUCCACCGACUUUAUCGCAACCGCCUAUUCCCGAUGCCAUUCCUCCAAUCCCUGUCGCUUCCCCUCCUGCACCGCUUUUGAGCAUGCCUCCGGUCUCCAACGAAGGCAGAGAAGACUCCGAAUUCUACGAUGCGAAGUCCGAGGAAUCAUCGUUCAUCGACCCAACACCACCGUCGUCUCCAGAAUCUGCGUUUACGGCACCACCACUCCCUACAAACGAGGUUCCUUUGUUGCCAUCUUCCGACGCUCCACCGCCGCCUCCGCUCGAUGCUCCGCCUCUUCCUACAAACCAGGCACCAGAACUUCCGUCUACAAUCCCACCACCACCACCACCUUUAACAUCGCCACCUGCGGCGCCGGAGUUGCCUUCUUUAGCUCCUCCUCCUCCUCCUCCUCCUGCGUUCUCUGCAGCACCAGUACCACCUCCUGCGCCGACUGGAGGAACCCCGAACAUCAACGCCCUCUUGGGCCAGAUCUCCCUGGGCACCUCGCUCAAGAAGGUUGACGAUAGUGAGAAACACAUCUCGUCGGGUGCCGUUGUCGGCAAAGUUGUCGAUUAGCAACCUACAUUGUCUAUUUACUCUCUUAUUUAUUUUUUUAACCCCAAUGUAUCUUUUUCUCCUGCCC